AUGAAGUACGCCAAACAGUUGCGCGAUACGGCAAUCCCGGAGUGGAGGGAUAAGUACCUCAGCUACAAGCAUGGCAAGAAACACCUCAAAGCCAUCGCCAAGGCUAUCAGAACAUUACCAAAGGAGGAAGGAGCAGAGAAGGAAACACCACGUCCUUCACUUAGACAGACGUUCAGCUACUUGAAGGGGAAGGGAAGACCAUCGACGACUACUAUUCCGAUCAACGAAAACAGCCCUUUGCAGACACGUCGAACUGGACCUCGCGAUAUACCUACGGCUACUCCAGACUAUGGCUCCGCUUUGUACAGCCGGUCGGCGCCAGACGCCCUCGAAUUGCCAGAACCAGCACUGCAGCGCGUGUCAACGCUCAAGCAGGUGCAAAGCGACGAUACAGCCAAUGCCUCGGACCAGCAAGAGGAAGUUGCACCUCAGUCCGGAACGCGUGCGCAAGAGCAUGUCGCGGGCGUCUCGUCACCAGCAUUGUCUGCAGACAGCCAUGCCACCGAUGGCGCGACUCUGCACGGGGAGAUGACAUCGCAGCGAGAGGCACGGGAAACACUCGACACCACGAAAGGCGAUUUCUUCAAGUUCAUGGACGGCGAGCUGCAGAAGAUUAACCACUUUUACUGGGAUAAGGAGGAGGAAGCGAAAGAGCGUCUACACCUUCUGCAAAAGCAGCUCAACAUAAUGCGCGCCUUGCAUCAAAAAGACCACGAUCCGAACGCGGAAGCGAAUGGCAAUGGUCAUGGAGCAACACAGGAGGACCACCGGAGAGACUAUGCUUUGCCCACAUCGAAUAUCCCACCAUAUCACGCGGCGAAGAAGAAGAUGAAGGCCGCUUUGAUCGAGUACUAUCGCGGUCUGGAACUGCUCAAAUCGUAUGCAACGACGAACCAAGAGGCAUAUCGGAAGCUCUGCAAGAAGUACAAUAAGGCAGUCAAGGACAAGGUACCUGCAACGAAGUACAUGGAGGAGAAGGUGAACAAAGCCUACUUCGUUGAAUCAGACGAAAUCGAUCACAUCAUGAAGAUCACCGAGGACCUUUACGCCCUCCACUUCGAGCAUGGCCACCAUAAAGUCGCGGUUAACAAGCUGCGCGCGAAGUCGUACAAGGAAGGUCACUAUACCGGCGCCAUAUCAAGGAGUGGUGCACUGCUAGGCGUGGGGACUGUCCUUGCCAUACAAGGGCUGACCCAAGGCGCACAGAGGCUAUUCAUCGAGGGCGAUAUCCUUAGAACGCAGACGGCAUAUCUGCUGCAGCUCUAUGCCGGCUACUUCCUGAUGUGGCUCCUAGCGAUGCUCUUCAUACUCUGCUGCGCCGUCUUCAGGAGAUACAGAGUCAACUUCCAGAACAUAUGCGACCUCGAGAAGCGCACGACUUUGGACUGGAAGCAGAUGGUUGAGAUCCCUUCAUGGCUUUGGAUGAUCUUUGGAAUCAUCAUGUACCUGAACUUCGAAGUUAUGGCUGGUGGCUAUACCAUGUUCGUAUAUUGGCCUGUAGUGCUGGCUGGUCUCACCCUCCUACUUCUGGUCUGGCCAUUCAAAAUGUUCUACCACCACACACGCCUGUGGUUGGCCUACAGCAUUUGGCGCCUGGUCACUUCUGGCGUCGUGUAUACGGUCGAGUUUCGGGACUUCUUCCUGGGCGACAUGUUCUGCUCUUUGACAUAUGCACUCGGUAAUAUCGAGUUGUUCUUCUGUCUCUACGCCAGGGAGUGGGACCAGCCGGCGGUGUGCAACUCGUCUCACAGCAGACUUAUGGGAUUCCUGGCUGCGCUUCCUAGCAUUAUCAGAGGACUGCAGUGCAUCAGGCGCUUUGGCAACAGCCACCAAUGGUGGCCACAUCUUGUCAACUUGGGAAAGUAUUACUUCAGCACCAUGAUGUACAUGACCUUGUCCUUCUACCGGAUCACCAAAUCUUCUGACUGGUUGGUCGCCUUUUGCGUUGUCUCCACGAUCAACAGCCUGUAUUGCAGCGUUUGGGACAUCUACAUGGACUUCUCACUAGGUGACUUAAAAGCCAGACACAAAGGCCUGCGCGGUGUGCUUGUGUAUAACAACGCAGUCUGGAUCUACUACUUCAUCAUGGUUAUCGACGUCAUACUACGGUUCAACUGGAUCGCUUAUGCUGUCUACACCGAAGACGUGCAGCACAGUUCGAUAUGUUCGUUCUUGGUGGCCUUUUCUGAAGUCAUCCGGAGAGGACUGUGGAUACUGAUCCGUGUCGAGAACGAGCAAGCCACCAACAUAAAGAUUGGGAAAGCACAUCGGGUUCCGCCGCUGCCAUACAAAAUACCAGGAGAGGAGACACCGCUACCACGUAUGUCGGAGGGCGAUCUGGAACCGGACCAGCAGCUGGACGGCGUCAGCGAGCAUUCACCGACAGCCAGCGUCUGGACCAGAGUCGGAGACAUGCUGCAGAACCUUGGCAAUCGCAUGCGUAACGCACACGUGUUCGAUUACCACAAGAAGCCCGCUUCUGAGAACGAGGACGAGGCUGAUGGCUCUCAAGACUCGGAUGACGAGGAUGGGGACGAGCAUGACGAUUGA